AUGACUCCGGAAAAGAAUACUGGUCGUGGUGGAAAGCCUUCGGCCGCGGAGCGAGCCUCUGCAAGACGUCGGCAUGUUCGGAAAGGUACUCGAAGCUGUUGGGAAUGCCGGCGGCGCAAGAUUCGUUGCCUCUUCGAUGAGACGAGUCCCUCGGAUACUUGUCGAAGGUGCUGGGGGAAAGGAAUUCCUUGCGUGAGCCAAGAAUUUCCGGAGGACCACUUACCGCCGGCACAGACUCCGGCCGGCAGCGUGGGCGAUCGGCUGGGACGGAUGGAGAGGCUCAUCGAACAUCUGUACCAACGGACGGAUUCGGGCAAGUCUCCAAUGCCAGACAUGCCUCAGCAGCUUCCUCUUGUGGAUUCCGUUUCAAGUCCAAAAGUAACCUUGCCAUCUACUCUACAAGGAGACGUUGCUGGCGAUGGUGGUGAUGAUAGCGGCGCAGACAAUGAGCUGCGUCAAAGUCCCUUGACAGAAAGCUCAAGGCCAGCGGAUGGACAAGUGAGUGGACCAUCAUUAACUCCGUCUGCACCACAAGCUAAGCCCCAAAACUCAACGACUUCUUGGCAAACAAUCACCCAAUCCCAUCACCGGCAGGCUUCUCUCAGCCACGGAGUCCCUGCUGUCCCACGUUCCUCUUCCAACUUGCACCUCUCAGCACUCGCAAAUGAGUUAGCAGCAGCAUUACCGUCUAUGGAAGAUUGCCGGAUCAUUCGCCAACUGUAUACAGACGCCGACCUUAUGUUUCAACUGAUGUUUACACCGCACGGCCAACUCGAAGUUCAACCUCAGCCGGUAGAAGAGUUCCUUGAUUCACUUUACAAUCACAUGCAUCCUGUCCUCAUGGCAAAAAAGAUGCUAACACUAGCUACAAUGAUACAGAGGAUACCAGCCGCUCACGUGCGUGGUUCACCUCCCGCAGUUUUCCCACGUCUUCUCAUGCAACGAAUGGCUGAUGCGGCAACGUCGAUGGUUUGUGAAAACAAUAAGUUGAUGGAGACGAUAGAUGCCCUUCAAUGCCUCGUUCUUCAAUGUAUAUUUCUCGCAAAUGGAGGCAACUUGCGCCUGGCUCUGUUGGCCUGCCGACGGGCGUUGUCGGUCGGCCAGCUGAUGGGCAUCCAUCGACCACACGAUUCGGCUUGUAUAGCAACUGUCGACCCAGCUUCCAAAACCAACACAAGGUUUGUGUGGUUCAGGAUAUUAUACUUGGAGCGUUUCAUAUGUCUACUCUUGGGACUGCCUGAUAGCAUCAGGGGCUCGGCCGGUAACUUCACCGAAACGUGGCGAGAAACGCUGGAGGAGCACCCCAUAGACGUACUGGAGAGAAUGCACUGCUCCAUGGCUUCGAAAAUCAUCCAGAGAAACGAAAAGGAUUCGCUCCCUGUCUUGCUGGAAAUCACCCACUCACUCGAUCUCGAAAUGCAAGCAGCGGCCGCAAGCAUGCCUCCCCGGUGGUGGGCAGUACCCAAAUUCAACAGGCAAGGUAACGGAGCAUUAGAUAUCGUGGAAGAGAGCAUGCGUUUGUGCACCCAAAUGUUUCAUUACUUGCUUCUCAUUGAGAUCCACUUACCCUUCAUGCUGCGGCACACGCAGGACGGCGCAGCGAGCAGCAGCAGAAUGGCUUGUAUCGAUGCGAGCCGUGAAGCGCUGAUACGGUUUUCUGCAAUCCGCAAUGCCAAGGGCAUAUGUAGCGUUCCUGAUGCGGCCGAUUUCUUUGCGUUGAUUGCUGCCAUGACGCUUCUGUUGGCGCACAUCGAUGCAAGGAGACGGGACCGUGGCAACGACGUCCUUGCUCACCAGAGAUACACGGAUCGGGACAAGGUUGAAGAGGCACUGGAGCUGAUGCGUGAUGACAGCUCUGUAUCUACAGACAUGUUAUCGAUGAGGAGUGCAGAUGUUCUUUUACAGCUCCUUGACAUCGAAGCUCGCGCUGCUGCGGGGUCAACCUUUACUGCUAACUUGACACCAAGCACAGUCUCGACGCCUCUUGCAGAUAGGGAUGUGUCGGGCGUAGAAUCGGGCAGCCUGCAGCUGCGGAUUCCGUACUAUGGAACUGUCACCAUUUCACCAACGACGAACGAUGGAACAUGGCCUGCAGAGGAUACCAACUUUCACCUACUUGCUCCAGGGUUUUCCGCGUGUGUGCAAGACUGGACUUUUCAAGGUGUCGAUGCCGCCUUCUUCGAUAGUAUGAUAAGAGGGUUCGAGGGACCCGAUUCUUGCUACGGCCAGAGUUGA